CGAAGUAACUAACCGAUGAUUUUACUUUUACUUGUUUAAAAUACAUUUACAAAGCUAAAAAAUAAACAGAUCAGUUUUUCACUUUAGAAGUUUUGUUUUGAAAUCUUUAACGGAUAUUGUGUGGCAGCAUUGUGACAGACUCGAUACAACAACUGUUAGCGUUAGCUUCAGGCUGUCAGCAGUCACACCUUCGUCUAUCAUGAAGCUAUGCGUGUUUUAAUUGAAUGUUUUUAAUGGAAUCAUGAGUCGAACACAAAUACGGGUAGUUUUUAUCUCAGGCUGUUUACUGGCGUCAGUGAAGUCGUCACUUGUUUAUGAGAGCCCUGUAAAAGCUGCAUUAGCUUGUUAGCUUCGUCAAGCUAACCCAUAGCUACGUGGCUCUUUUGCUGUUUCUGCUGUGAUGGAUGAGGAUUUUCUACUCGCCAUCCGGCUUCAGGAGCAGUUUGACAACGAAUACGAAACGGCAUCGUAUUCACCAAACAGCCUUGAUGACAAUAGCUUCGGACACAGCAGUAAGAAACGGAAAGUGGAGGUAGCUAGAGGUGGCAGCGAUGUUGUUCCCUACUGGAAGCCGACUGCCCAGCCCGAGAGGCCGCUGUCCAUCGUGGACGCGUCCUGGGAGACGCUGGACCCCAAUCCUGACGUCAGAGCCAUGUUCCUGGAGUUCAACGAAGUGUUCUUCUGGGGGAAACUCUACGGUGUCGAGGUUAAGUGGAGCCCAAGAAUGACACUGUGUGCUGGUGUGUGCUCCUAUGAGGGCCGCGGUGGUCUCUGUUCAAUCCGACUCAGUGAGCCCCUGCUGAAGCUUAGACCAAGAAAAGACCUGGUGGAGACCCUCCUUCAUGAAAUGAUUCACGCGCUUCUGUUCGUGACCCAGAACAACAGAGACCGAGACGGUCAUGGCCCUGAGUUCUGCAAGCACAUGGACCGGAUCAACGAUGCCAGUGGGACAAAGAUUUCUAUCUACCACAGUUUCCACGAUGAGGUCGAUGUCUACCGCCAACACUGGUGGAAAUGCGACGGGCCCUGCCAAAACCGCAAGCCCUAUUUUGGGUUCGUGAAGAGGGCCAUGAACCGGGCUCCAUCUGCUCAGGACCCCUGGUGGGAGGAUCACAGGAGGAAUUGCGGAGGUACCUACAACAAGGUCAAGGAGCCCGAAGGAUACGGCAAAAAAGGCAAGAAGGAUGAUAAAAAGGAUGGCAAGACCUUGGAGAAAAAGGCCCCAGGGAGAGAAAAGCCUUCAAGUAUAACCACAGGCUCUGCAUCACAGGACAUAAGGAACAUUAUUCCAUUUACUGGCAAAGGCUUCCUUCUUGGAGGACAGUCCCAGUCGUCCGCGUCUUCGUCCCCGUCUCGCACAGCGGCACCACCGUCUUCUCCAAAGAAGCUCCUCACCCCUCCGUCCCCGGCUAGAAGUCCCAAUUCUCCUGCCCGCUUCGCUCCAAAUCACAACGGACUCUCUAGCUCCUUUCCCUCCACCAGACCAGCUACCUCCACAGGAAAGAAGACUCCUGUCAAGAGGUCCGUCGGUAACACAAGAGCUUUUGUCAGCAUCAACGGCUCGCCGGUCAAAAUUCCCAAGCCACAUAGCGGCAGCCGUAGCCAAGAACCGUAUCAAAUUAAACAGAAGUCCAUUGAAGACCUCUUCAGCAGCAAAUGUAUCAAGAAGUCAGCGAGUCAAGCCUCCACCUCAAACCCGGGAGCUGAGAGAGAUUCUUUGACUUCAGCGAACGGUGCGACGAAUGCGUCGGCCUCCUCGCCCGCAACAUGGAAGCCUAGCGAGACUAGAUCCAGCCAUUCGGGAUUUUUCACAAAAACCCAAGGUAGCCCUGCUAAACCCACGCACUCCCGGUAUUUUAGUCAUUCUAACAGCGCCGGCGCAUCAGGUGCUUCUGCCACAGGCCUGCCGUCGAGGAAGCGGCCGUGGGACGACAACAGGAGCCCGACCAGCAUCGUCGACUUCUUCCAGAAGACGUCAGGCGGCGAUUCGACGAAGAACAAGCCGCCCGCGAUGCAGCCAAGGACUGCCACUGCCGCCUCGUCCUCAUCUACCUCCGCCCUCAGCUCCUCUGCUGGGCUGCUUAGUUUUACCGCCUCCUCUUCCUCGUCUUCUUCCCCUGCAGUGACUGUCAGCUGUCCAGUGUGCCAGGCGACAGUGCCGGAGUCAAAGAUCAACCAGCAUCUUGACUCCUGCCUCUCCUGAGAGAAGAGGAGUGGAGAGAGGAGGUGUUGCAGGAAAAAAAACUUUUUAUAGUUAAGUUUUAGUGUUACGUUUUUAUCUCCCGUUGAACUAAUCUCAUUUUUAGUUGGAGUUGGACAGUAUUUACUUUCAGGCUGAAUUCUAUUCUACGCGGUCCUCUCUUUCUCUCUCUCAGGCCUUUUUGACACUUUGCCUUAGUUUUUCUAGCAGACAAUAUCAUCAAAAGGAUUUGAAUCAAUGACAAAUGCAAAACUAACAUUCCAGUAAAUUCGGUCCCAUGACGAUGUAAUUGUUUUAAUACCAAAAACUGUGUGUUUUAACCGUGUUGAAUAUUCACUAAAUGACAUUUUCAUAGUGGUCUUGGUGAGAGUUCAUUUGUUCGGCAUAAUGUGGACACUGUUCUAUUCUGGUUAGAAGCUAUAAGCUGGGCAUGGUUGCAGAACGGUUAUCUUUGCGGUCUGAUGCAUCCCCAACAAAUCUAAAUCUGCUCCCCUUCGGACAGCAGGAGACGCUGACUGACCUCUGCUGAUCUUUAGGAAUCAGAUUUCAGGCUUGCCAGCUAUUUGUUUCUGCACAACAUGGCAUUUUUACUGCAGGGUCGGGGAGGGAGAUCUGAUCUGAUCCGGUCCUCCGGUAGUGCUGACAGCUACGUGUUUUUGUGGACUUUUCUAUUUUAAGGGAACGGACUGAAGUUCAAAAGGCUGCUACAACAUUUUUGAAUUAUAUCUGUAUGUUCCUACUUUUCACUGUUUUUAAGGAAAUUGUUAAAUAUGUUUCAAUUGUGUUACCAAAUAAAAUAUUUAUACUGUUCUGAGAAUGUUGUAUAGAACGUAAUUUG